AUGCAGCCCAAGUCAAUCAUCCUGGCCCUCUUUGCCGCCACCAGCGUCUCGGCGCUCAACAUUUACAAGCCGCGCCAGAGCCAGAAUGGCACCGCAUCGGCCUCUGCCAGCGGCGCCGACUUUGGCCAGUGCGAUCCCUCGAUUGAUUUCCAGCUCGGCCGCGAGGGCCGCAAGGCGGACGAGGGCACCUUUUUGCCCGUCGAUCCUCUCGUAGCCGAGGGCCAGCAGGAUGCACUGAACCCCAACAUCAUCACCAACCGCGUCUGCGACCAGCUUACCAACGUGUGCGAUGCCAAUGACGCGGCAAAGGCCCUGUGCGAAGACGCCAAGGCCCAGGUCCAGGCUCUGGGGACCAAGGACGCCAGCACGGCGGACGCUUUCAACGCUGCUCUGGGAUUCUAA